AUGGCCAAUCGCGACAAUACUGAGGACUACUAUGCAACCUUGGAGGUGCCUCCGGAUGCCUCCGAAGCCACAAUCAGGGCGAACUACAGGCGCCUGGCCUUGCUCAAGCACCCGGACAAGAAUCCAAGCAAUCCCAAUGCGACGGUUGAUUUCCAGAGAAUCAAUGCAGCGUAUGAAUGUCUUAAAGAUCCUCAUAAGCGCUACGCUUACGAUCAUUGUCGAAAAGAGGCCCAGUCAGAAUUCAAUCGCCGCGCACGAGAAGGAGAGAAUGAAAUCAACCUGAUCAAAAAGAAGAUAGCCUUUCUGAAGAAGGUCUUGUACGCCCUCUCUGUUAACAUUGAGGCGAUGAAGAAGGAUCGCCGUGAGAAACGGGCGAGACUUGGUGCGAUCAUGAUAGAGUUGGGCAUCGCUACUCCAUUCGACACCCCGGCUAUACCAGCCGCCAGAGACCCCGGAGCCGGGGCCAAUGAUAACGAAGCCCUGGUCAAAGAAAUGGGAAGACUGGUCUACAGUCUCUCGCAACUCGAUGAGCAUCUGCUCGUAUUCGAACUCGAGCACAUUGACACAGAGUUGCGUCUCGUCCUUCUCACUCAAGAGUUCCAACGCCAACAGUGGCCCACCAGAGCAUCGCCACAAACAGCCCGCCAAGCCGAGGCCGAGGCAAUGCAAGAGGAUCAGCGACGACGCACGGCCGAGCAGAAAUAA